AUGGAAGAAGAUUCGGCGUCGCUCAAGAGACCAUGGAUCCCUUCCCAGGAAGGGGCCCACUCGCUCCCAAUAGGUACCCAGUCUAUAAAUUCCCAGGUGGAGCUCUCACAAUCUCAGCAGCAGCUUCUCAAGAAAGUCAAACGUCCCAACUCGACAGAAGAGCCGCUGGUUUUCGAAAAAGAGUUGCUCGACAUGACUCAGCAUGCAGCCGAAUUCGCUGAAGAACGCCAGAGCUGGUCCAGACCGCCACUUGAGUCAGAUUUUGCAGAAAAGGAUGUGACUUUCCAACAAUUGGAUGCUGAGGAAGCUUACGCUGGAGACGAGACAUCGGUAAGGUUCUUUGGUAUCACAGCCGAAGGAAAUUCGGUACUCUGUAAUGUGACCGGCUUCUUGCACUAUUUCUAUGCUCCCGUACCUCGUGGUUUCUUAAGGGACCAGCAUUUGGCUCAAUUUGUCAACUACUUGAAAUCGAACUACUUGGGCAUCCACGACGUACACAUCGUAUUGAAAGAGUCCAUCUGGGGGUUCAACAACAACAUGAAAACGCCAUUUUUCAAGGUGGUUGUCUCCAAUGCGAAGGACAUCACCAAGAUAAGAGGUGCAUUCGAAAGAGGUGAAAUCCGUUUCGAAAACUUCUUUCCACCCACAAGCGUCACAUACGACAACAUCAACUACCUUCUCCGUAUGAUGAUUGACUGCAAAAUCACAGGAAUGUCGUGGAUUACCUUACCAAAGGGCAAGUACACACUCGUAGACCCAUCCUUGAAGGUUUCCACCUGUCAGGUGGAAUGUUCGGUGGAUUAUAGGGACUUGAUUUCGCAUCCGUCGGAAGGUGAAUGGUUGAAAAUGGCUCCUUUGCGUAUUUUGUCCUUUGACAUCGAGUGUGCGGGAAGAAAGGGUAUCUUCCCAGAGGCUCAACAUGAUCCUGUCAUUCAGAUCGCUAAUGUGGUGCUGAAAUACGGUGACCAACGGCCCUUCAUCCGUAAUGUGUUCACGGUUAAUACCUGUUCUCCUAUCAUUGGUUCAGAAAUCUUCUCUCACAUGGAUGAGAGAGAUAUGUUGAUUGCAUGGAGAGACUUUGUGGUGAAGUCUGAUGCUGACGUGAUUAUCGGAUAUAACACUGCCAACUUCGAUUUACCUUAUCUUUUAGAUCGUGCUAAAGCCCUUGGCUUGCCAAAAUUUCCUUAUUUUGGUCGUAUGGUCAAUAUCAGGCAGGAAGCCAAGGACUCUGUGUUCAGUUCCAGGGCUUAUGGAACUAGAGAGAACAAGGUUGUUAACAUUGAUGGAAGAAUGCAGUUGGACUUGUUGCAAUUUAUUCAGAGAGAGUACAAGUUAAGAUCUUACACUUUAAACUCUGUUUCGGCCCACUUCUUAGGUGAACAAAAGGAAGAUGUCCAGCAUUCCAUCAUUACUGACCUUCAAAACGGUACCGCCGAGACAAGAAGACGUUUGGCUGUUUACUGUUUGAAGGACGCUUACUUGCCUCUUCGAUUGCUAGAGAAGUUGAUGUGUUUGGUCAACUAUACUGAAAUGGCGCGUGUUACUGGUGUUCCUUUCUCUUAUCUUUUGGCUAGAGGUCAACAAAUUAAGGUCAUUUCGCAGCUAUUCAGAAAGUGUUUACAGGAAGAUAUUGUGGUUCCUAACAUGAAGAGUGAAGGUAGUAAUGAAGAAUACGAGGGUGCCACCGUCAUCGAACCUGUUAGAGGCUACUACGAUGUUCCGAUCGCUACAUUGGAUUUCAGCUCUUUGUAUCCAUCCAUCAUGAUGGCUCACAACUUAUGCUAUACUACACUUCUUAACAAACAGUCGAUCCAGGCAUUCAAAUUAACAGAGGAUGAUUAUACGCAUACGCCCAAUGGCGACUACUUUGUUAAGGACAACAAGAGAAAAGGUAUAUUACCCACUAUCUUGCAUGAGUUGUUGACAGCCAGAAAGAAAGCCAAAGCCGACUUGAAGAAAGAAACAGAUCCAUUUAAGAAGGAUGUGCUCAAUGGUAGACAAUUGGCAUUGAAGAUUUCAGCCAACUCUGUCUACGGUUUCACGGGUGCGACGAUCGGAAAGUUGCCGUGUUUAGCUAUUUCGUCAUCUGUCACUGCAUUCGGUAGAGAGAUGAUUGAAAAAACUAAGAAUGAGGUUCAGGAAAAGUAUUCAACUAAGAAUGGCUAUACAUACGAUGCACAGGUGAUCUAUGGAGACACAGAUUCUGUGAUGGUCAAAUUUGGACACCAGGAUCUAGAAACAUGCAUGAAAUUGGGAGAAGAAGCCGCUGAUUUUGUGUCGACCAAGUUCAAAAACCCAAUCAAGUUGGAGUUUGAGAAGGUGUACUUUCCAUAUUUGUUGAUUAACAAGAAGAGAUACGCCGGUCUUUACUGGACCAGGCCCGAAAAAUUCGAUAAGAUGGAUACCAAAGGUAUUGAAACUGUUAGACGAGAUAACUGUCGUUUGGUGCAAAAUGUCAUCACCAAGGUUUUAGAGUUCAUUUUGGAGGAACGUGAUGUGGAGAAGGCUGAACGUUUUGUCAAGCAGACAAUUGCCGACCUCUUACAAAACAGAGUCGAUCUCUCGCAGUUAGUCAUCACUAAAGCCUACUCUAAGCAAGAAUAUGACGGCAAACAGGUGCAUAUUGAGCUUGCCAAAAGAAUGAAAAAGAGAGAUCCUGGUUCUGCUCCGGUUUUGGGUGAUAGAAUUCCUUAUGUGAUUAUCAGCUCUUCUAGUACGAAAAAUUACGAGAAGUCUGAGGAUCCAUUGUAUGCAUUAGAGAACUCCCUUCCUAUUGACGUCAAAUACUACUUGGAAAACCAACUCACUAAACCCUUGUUGAGAAUUUUCGAUCCUAUUCUAGGGGAAAAGAGAGCCAAAGAAUUGUUAACAGGUGCUCACACAAGAACUGUUAAGAUGAGCGCACCAAAGAGUGGUGGGUUGAUGAGAUUUGCAAAGAAGGCUGAACUUUGCAAGAAUUGUAAGUCACCAUUGAAGGCCAACAAUAAAGGUGCCCUCUGUGAAAACUGCAUUGAAAAGGCUCCAGAAUUAUAUGGAGACGCUUUGGCCCAAAUGAACUAUUUGGAAAACAAAUUCUCGAGAUUGUGGACAGAAUGCCAAAGAUGUCAGGGUUCUUUGCACCAAGAAGUGUUAUGUUCCAACAAUGAUUGUCCGAUCUUUUACAUGAGAAAGAAAGCACAGAAAGAUGUUUUCCAACAGGUUCAAGAGAUGAAAAAGUGGGAUGAAACAGUGUGGUGA